GACAGUGCAGCGUGAUGAACCAUUGCUGUGUUUACAAGAUUUCCCGCUAAAGCACAAGAGGUGCCGGAUUCGAAAGUUUACCGGAUUAUUACCGUUGUUCACAAUUUGAACACUUACAGCUGGAGAAGACCUUCAUGCUUGAGCUCUUACAACCUAAUCACCAAAGUUGCUGUACAUUGAUUGAAAUACAAAGCCUACUACUGAAGAAUAUCUUGAAAAAUUUGCUUCUGCCGGGUACAUCAUGGGACAGUAGAGGGGUUUUAUUCAGACUACUGUAUGUGUGGUUGUUACUAGUUUGAUGUAGAGAUGGAAAAUAGCUCGACUGAUUCGUGGACUCGGAAUAUAUCAAUCCUCACAACAAAUUUAACUACAGAAGCCCCUGCAAUUGGAAACGAAUGGGGUGCAGGACUAUUUUUUUAUUCAGAAACAUUGGUGUUGACUGUGGCUAUUGCUGUCUUUUUCGUUUUCGGAAUUUGUACCAAUGCUCUUACGUUCAUUGUCAUUGUCUCUUCAAAGAAAUUAUCGAAAUCUCCGUUCAACAUCAUGAUAAUGAGUUUAUGCGUUUCUGAUUUUCUCUCAGCUUGCGACAGUCCAUUUGUCUUGUAUCGACGAUCCUAUGGAUAUUUCGAAUAUCGUUUACCCGUAUUCUUUUGUAAGAACACAGUUGCUCUCGACUUUUGGACAAACAACGUGACAAUUCAACAUAUCCUAGUCUUCACAAUACUUCGAAUCGCUGCAAUAAAAUUCCCACAUCGAAUGAAGCAGUUUACCGCGGCCAAGGCUAGGAUACUGACCGCAACAAUAUGGAUUGAAACUUUUUUGGUAAAUUACGUAUUCUACUUUUCCAUGCUAACGGUUUACCCUCCAGGAAUAGCAAAAGCCAUUAGAGCAUGCUCCACAGAUACAAAAAAAGUUUUCUUCGUGAAAAUGUAUUUGUACAUUGCAUAUCCCAUAUUUCUGUAUAUUCCACUAUGCUCCCUAAUUCUGCUCUCAGUAUAUCUUGUUUUUCUGAUAUAUCAAAGAAGAAACAUGAGAAAAGAAAGUAACGCAGAUAUUGACGUCAGUAAAGAAAAUUUUGCACUCCUCCAACUUUCACUGAUAAUGGGCUCGUUCAUGCUUGGUUACAUACCGGAUAUUUCUUACAGAUUUGUAAUUAUUACUCAAUUAUGGAAAAAAGUUGCAUACCAUGGAAGAGGUCCGUGGCAGCACUCAAUGAUAACUCACAUCUGCUUGAGGGUAUCAGAAUGCCUCAAUCCAAUCAUCUACAACGUAGCAUCCAGCACAUUGAGAGAUCACAGUAAGCAGUUUCUUAGACGGAUGUGUUGUCGAAAAUCCUCUCAAGUAAAUGGAAACUCACACGAAAAAACACAUGGGGGUACAACAGAAUCCCAUACUACGGAUAUGACGAAAUCGGCACAAUCAGCAGUAUAAAACAUUUAUUUUUUUUGCAUGUUUAUAAUCUCACUUUCAUCGCAUUUGUCUGCAAUGAAAUUGCAGGGUUUCGACUAUUCGAAUGUUUUGACUUAGACGCCUCAUUGCGAAUUUGCUGUCGCCACGGCUACUUAGAUUGAUGGUGCAUGGAGUCGUUUUGUUGUUGAAAUGCGUGACUGCUAGGUCGCCUUGACGUAUUUAUUCAUUUUUUCAAAUAACAAUUAAUAAUUCAAAUUUUUAUUAUAAUUUUCUGUUAGACUUUAUUAUGGGUACCGCUGUUCGAUAAGUAAUAUUAGUUUUCGGCGGCACCCUUCAGUGCCCUCACCCUGAAAUGUAUUUUCAUAAUUGCAAUUUGUAUAUGUAGUGUGCUUUCGGUAUGGUGAAAAAAUAAACUACUGACUUUGUUAAGAACACAGAGAUACUUAAAGCCACAUCGAAUAUACGGUAGAAAACAAAAUUUUUCAAAUCAGAAAAUUAAACUACCAAACUAGUCAUGCUCAGUGCUUUGAGAAACCUUGAUAAUAGAUCAGCUUCGCCAGGUUUAAAAUAUAAUCAGUCAUACAUUGAGCAUGUACAGCAAUAGAGAGCAUAACCAAAAGACUGUUUCUCUCCCCCACUUAUACGUUGAUUUAUUACUUCAAUGCUUUUGAUUAUAGUUGAUUUAAUAUUACCAAUUUAUUCAUGUUUUGUUUUUACUGUGGUGGCUGUAUUUGAUAUUUUUUUCAAAUAUUGGUGCUGCUUCGAAAUAAAAUAUACAAUGCUUAUGCUA